AAUAGACCGGUGCUGAUCUCAGAACAACUAAACUUAGAGUUUCGCUUUCAGUUACUUUGACUUAAACCAUUAUGGGUAAACUCAAGGAUUCGUUUAGCCUCACACCUGUGGAACAAAAACACGACAAUAACACAACGAUAGAAAACCAAGAUUCUCUGGUCGAUAAAGUAACAUGGAGACAUUAUUCAUUUUUCUUUAUUCACUUUUUAGAAGAUAUAUCAUAUGCACUUAGCUUACCCAUAAUGGAUCAAUAUCUUUAUGCCAAAUUAGCUGAAGAGCACAUUGAAAAUACUACGUUAGCCAUUAAUUCAACUUUCAGUCACGGAGGCAACUCCUUAUGCUCAGUGAACAAGGCAUCGCCAGUUUAUUUAUUACAGCAGAAAAUCCAGUCUGAAGCAGCAACAUGGGAACUGUAUUUCAGUUUGACGUUUGGCAUUCCUCAAGCCUUUAUGGUACUUCUUUUGGGAAGUUGGACCGAUAUUCUUGGCUGAAAACCGGUCAUUGCUUAUAAUAUACUCUUUUUUUACUCUUUUACUUGUUUCAGUCAUUUGACUGCGGCCA